AUGUCCAUAAGGUUGCCUCCUGCAGAAAAUGGAAAUAACUCAAUAAUAUUUAUGGGGUUUAAUCAGGAUUAUGGAUGUUUUGCCAUUGGCAUGCAGAAUGGUUUUCGGAUAUUUAACACAGAUCCCUUAAAACAACUUGAAAAAUGUGAAUUUAGUGUCCGUGAUGGCACUGGUAUAGGUUUUAUUGAAAUGCUAUUUCGCACCAGUUUUCUUGGUUUGCUUGGUGGAGGACAUCGAUCACGAAUACCAGGAAACACUGCCUGCCUUUGGGAUGGCGUUGAACAGAAGUUCGUUCUUGAACUUGGUUACAGCAGUGAUGUCCGUGCCAUUCGACUACGUAGAGAUCAAAUUGUGGUCGUUCUUUCAAACGCCGUUAAAGUCUACACAUUUGGCGCUUCUCCUGAGCUAGUCUAUCAGUCCGAAACCUCCUCUAAUCCCUUUGGUCUGUGUCACGUCUGCCAACAUGCAGACUACCCUCUGAUCGCUUUUCCUGGGCGUCGCGUUGGGUCUGUGACCCUCGCAACCACUAGAUCACCUGGUGAUCAAGAGAACGUUACUAAUACUCCACCCCCGCGACAGAUUCUGGCACACAAUAAUCCACUCGUUGCCAUUACAAUGAAUUCUGACGGCGAAUUGCUGGCCACAGCCUCGCAGCGGGGGACUUUAAUACGUGUUUUUUCUACCAGGGGAUGCGAGUUACUGCAUGAAUUACGAAGAGGUUCAAAUUCAGCUCUCAUCACAUCCAUUUGCUUCGACGCAACUGCUUCUAAGGUGGUUGUUACGAGCAAUCACGGAACAGUCCACGUCUUUUACAUUGAUUCGGCAGCUAAAGCAAACGCCUCUUCAACCUCAAAUGUGACAUCUGGAAAACAACGAAUCGAUCUGGUGGCUUGUUACCGUGGUACUUCUCUUCCACAUCCAGUCAAAUACGGUUUCCAUACGAAAUCUAAGGCCAUCUGCGCAUUCAGUCCAUCCAAUCCGGACACACUACAGCAAGUUUGCCUACUCGGUGCCUUUUUUACUGCAGCUCUUGCGGCUGAUGGCUCCUACUCCAAGUACAACUUCACCUCGAACGGUGUGGUGACCAGGGAGCAAUCCGUGAACAUCCUUGACAUCUACGAUGACGAGAGUACUUCGUAA